GUGCAUGCAUGCACUGAGCAGCACACAAUAGGGAGAAUAAAUCCUUUACUGAUUUGCCCUGGGUCCCAGCAUCUACUAAUGGCAUCAUACAGGAAGCAGUGAAUAAGAAAGGUAUCCAAAUCCCAAUUAAAGCUCUGCAGGUGGGAUUGCAUAACAUAACAAUUAAGAAAACUACAGCUCAUGGGACAUUCAGAAUGGGACCAUAAACGAGGACCCAGAGGAUCACAGUCAUCAGGCACCAGUAUUACAGUGGAUAUUGCUGUCAUGGGAGAAGCGCAUGGGCUCAUUACAGACCUGUUGGCAGAUCCCUCAUUGCCACCCAAUGUGUGUACUUCCCUGAGAACAGUGAGCAAUCUGCUUAAUACACAGUUAACAUUCCAGGCUAUUCAUAAGCCAAGAGUCAACCCUUUGGUGUCAUUCAGUGAGAACUAUACUUGCUCUGACUCAGAAGAAUGUCCAGAAAAAGGAGAAAAACUGGCUAUACCCAAGCGCUUGCGGAGGAGUUUGCCUCCAGGUCUACUGAGACGUGUGUCGUCAACUUGGACCACAACAACAUCGGCAACAGGAUUACCUACCUUGGAGCCAGCACCAGUGAGAAGGGACCGUAGUGCCAGCAUCAAACCUUAUGAAUCUUCUUCAUCCAGCACUGACCCUUGGAACAGCUCAAUUCUGAUGACCAUCACAAAAAGCAGAUCCUUUUCAGCCUCCUAUGCAAUGGCUGCUACAAACCAUUUGAAUUCCAAAAGGCAAACCCGACAAGGUAUCCCACCAAAUAUUUCACCUCUCACCUCUCCAUGCCAUUCCCCUAUCCAGGGGACUCCAGCUACCAGUCCCACAGGCAAAACCUCUACAGUCCAAUUUCCAGACGCUACUGACACCGACACAAAGGAAGGCCUGAGGCCACACAAGGUUUUAACUUCCACGCAGAGUGCACCUAACCUUUCAGAGCAGACUCUACCACCCCCAGUUAUCUGCAGCAGUUGUGGCAGACCAUAUAACCAGAGAGAUUCUGGCGAUGCGACGCUGGAUCAAGGUGAUGGAACAACAACACACAGUGUGAACAGAACAGAUGAUCCAGCUCAUGCCACCUCUGACUAUGAAACCAACAACAGUGACAGCAGUGACAUCGUACAAAACGACGAUGAGACAGAUUGCUCCAAAGAACAGAUACAGAAGGGCUCUGUCUGCAGGACGUAUGCACCUGAGUCCAUCAUAUUGCACCCUUUAUUGCCACCUGAGGACAAGCCUAUACUUGCUCCAGAGCCUCUCGUUAUGGACAACUUGGAUCCCCUAAUGGAGCAACUGAACAGUUGGAACUUCCCAAUCUUUGAUUUGGUGGAAAAAAUAGGGAAGAAAUGUGGUCGAAUCCUCAGCCAGGUAUCAUACAAGCUUUUUGAAGAUAUGGGUCUGUUUGAAACCUUUAAAAUUCCAGUGAGGGAGUUCAUGAACUACUUUCACGCACUGGAGUGUGGGUACCGAGACAUACCUUAUCACAACAGAAUCCAUGCAACUGAUGUUCUACACGCUGUUUGGUACCUUUCCACCCAGCCCAUCCCAGGACUCCCAACUGUGAUUAAUGACCAGGGGUCAGCGAGCGAUUCAGAUUCUGAUAGUGGAAUCACUCAUGGUCACAUGGGAUACGUGUUUUCAAAGAUGUAUACUCCUACAGAUGACAGCUAUGGUUGCCUUUCUGGCAAUAUCCCUGCCCUAGAAUUGAUGGCCCUUUAUGUAGCAGCAGCCAUGCAUGACUAUGAUCAUCCAGGAAGGACCAAUGCCUUUUUGGUUGCAACCAGUGCACCUCAGGCUGUGCUGUAUAAUGACCGCUCUGUUUUGGAGAAUCAUCAUGCAGCUGCUGCGUGGAAUCUUUUCAUGUCCAGGCCAGAGUAUAACUUCUUAGUCAAUCUCGACCAUGUGGAAUUCAAGCAUUUCCGGUUUCUUGUAAUUGAGGCCAUUUUGGCCACUGAUCUGAAGAAACACUUUGAUUUUAUAGCCAAAUUCAAUGCCAAGGUGAACGAUGAUGUUGGAAUUGACUGGAGUAAUGAGAAUGACCGCAUGCUUGUUUGUCAAAUGUGCAUCAAACUGGCUGACAUCAACGGGCCUGCUAAAUGCAAAGAAUUGCACCUGCAGUGGACAGAAGGCAUUGUUAAUGAAUUUUAUGAACAGGGUGAUGAAGAGGCCAGUCUUGGCCUUCCUAUUAGUCCUUUCAUGGAUCGCUCAGCUCCUCAGUUGGCAAACCUUCAGGAAUCUUUCAUUUCUCAUAUCGUGGGACCACUAUGUAAUUCCUAUGACUCAGCAGGGCUGAUGCCAGGGAAAUGGGUGGAAGAUAGUGAUGAAUCAGGAGACACAGAUGAGAACGAAGAAGAAGAAACAGGAGAAAUGGAAACAUGUGAAAACUCUGAAUCCAGAAAGAAAAAAUUCAAGCGGAGGAAAAUCUACUGCCAGAUCACUCAGCACCUGCUUCACAACCAUAAAAGGUGGAAGAAAGUAAUUGAAGAUGAAGAAAGGUUAUCAGGGAGAGAAAAGCAAGGUGUAGACCAAUCUACACUGCACCAAUCCUCAGAACAAAUUCAGUCCAUCAGGGAAGAAGAGGAGGAGAAAGGGAAACCCAAAGAGGAGGAAGAAGAGAAUACAACUAUUGAACUGAAACAAUGACAAUAUUUUCAGCAGUAUUUUAGACAAAAGGACUUGUGCACAGACUCCUUUUCCAAGCCAGCACAACGUUUAGACACAACACUGUAGAAAUAUGGGAUGAUGCAUCUACAACUGUUUAAUUUGUUUCUGUUUCCUUUUUAUGGUGAGGUACAUUGUUUAAACUCCUCUGCUCAAGGAAGCUUUCACACUGCAACACCGGCUUUUACAGACAUUCUUAAAGGGGUUGGGAGGGAGGGGGAUGGAAUUAUAUACAUAGCCAGAAUUAUUGGCUGUGCACUUCAGCAAAAUACAUUUAAUUAUAUAUUAUGGUCACUGUGAUAUUACAGAAGGAAGUUGUCAGCGGAAAUGCUGCUUCUAAAGCACAUUUGCAGUUAACUGUAAGGUACCUGUUAAGUAGCUUUUGCUCUUACUGCUGAAGGCUAAAAGUUCCAAAGCUUUAUCAGAAUGCUGAUACAUCCUGCCAACAUAUAUGUGUGUGGGGGCAUGUGUGUGUGUUUGGGUGGAUGUAAUAUAUUAUAAUGUGGUGUGAGUUCUUAUUAGACUGGUAUAGCACAUGGCUCAAGACAUGUGAACAAACAGAAGGCCCCAGGUUUAGGAAAUUUGUGCCAGUUGGAAAGUGGAGCCCUUUGUAAGGCACUCUGAUUUUGCAGUAACUCCUGAAGUCUCCUUUCACAUUCU